CACUUAAUCGAAGUAAUUAUAGAGUCAAGACCAUGAAAUCUUUCAUCUGCCUUGCAGUAUUUGUGUCUCUUGUGAUGGCUGACCAGUUCCUUUUGGACCUCAGUCAGAGCACAGUCGUCAUGAAACAAGGAACCACAUGUUACUUUUGGCGGUUAAACAGCCACGAAACCGAGGCUGUCCAGAGUCCUACAGGAAUUUACGAAUUAGAGACCAAGUUCCACCAUCUUCUAAGUGUGCAUUCCAAAUUUGGGGACAUAUCUGACGUCAGUAUUUACUCACAAGACAUCCAAACUCUAUGCACUGGUGCCACGCUGAAGUCGUAUAGUCAUCAUCAUUAAAUGAAUCGACAUAUUCUACCUUAUUUAUCUUUUAAAAUAAAUGUUUUAUCAUUUG